GUUUUGUAACACUAGAUCUACAAACACUUCAUUUUAAUGGCUGACAAUAUUGUUUUAGUGUUUGACAAGUAAAGAAGUAAAAUUAAAAGUACGUACCAAUUAAUCACGUCUCUAAUAAAGUUAUAGCUAUACUUACUUCUACGGCUUGCUUUACAUGGAUCGUCACACUGACUCGUGAGCAAUGUCGUCUCCAAGUUACCACACCAACAGCUUAUGCAAAUAUCUCGUAAUCCUAGGCGCUGUCGCAGUCUCCUCCAUCUUCGUCUUCUUCAACCAAACCUACACAAUUUCAGAAUCUUUCUACGGUAACAUAUUCACCAUAAAAUGUCAAAAGAGGCUCUUGCAGCCUAAGGAGACUGCCACGAACUUGAGCCAUUUGAUGUUUGUGGUGGUGGGGAGCCCACGUACAUGGAAGAAGCGAAGAAAUUACGUAGAAUCAUGGUGGAGACCAAACGUCACACGUGGCAAUAUCUUCUUUGACGUGGAACCGUCUAAAGAGUUACUGCCUUGGUCUCCGACCUUCCCGCCGUUUAGAGUCAGUGAAAACUUCAAGAAACUAAGAUUUUACCCGAAGCUCCGAAAACCAAGUCACACUCGCGCGGUUCUAUAGAGCCAUUCUAGAGACUUACAGGCUCAUGGACGAGGGUGUGAGAUGGUAUGUGACGGGUGAUGAUGAUUCUCUUUUCUUCGUAGACAACUUAGUGGAUGUGUUGUCAAAAUACGACCACACGAGACAACAUUACAUCGGAACGAACUCGGAGACUAUAAAAUCAAACGCUUACUUCGGUUUUAAUAUGGGAUUUGGAGGAGCAGGAUAUGCUUUAAGUUAUGCUCUGGUGGAGGCCUUGGUGGUAAAACUAGAUGAAUGUGUUGAGAAGUAUCAUUUCAUUUGGGCAGUAGAUAUGAUACAAAGUCUUUGUUUGGCUGAUUUGGGCGUUGAUCUUACCCUCGAGAAAGGAUUUCAUCAGAUGGAUCUAUUCGGUGACAUAUCAGGCUUACUCUCGUCCCACACAACGGCUCCUCUUCUCAGCCUCCACCACUUCGCUACCGUAUCACCACUGUUCCCUGGCAUGGACCGUCCGGGCUCAGUCCUUCAUAUCAUGAAAGCGGCCAAUGUGGACCAAUCACGGAUGCUACAACAGUCGAUAUGCCACGUCAGAGCAAGUAACUGGACCUUUUCGGUCUCGUGGGGAUACUCUGUUCAUAUCUAUGAGAAGAUAUUCCCACGGAGCUACUUGAAGCUUCCAAUCGAGACAUUCCGUCCUUGGUACAGAGGACGGCCUCCAGUUUUCAUGUUUAACACGAGACCGGUUUCUCGGGAUCCAUGUGAAGCUCCUCACUGGUUCUUCUUUGAUUCGAUUGAAAAAGAGAACGAUGGAGUUGUUACUUCUUACACAAGGAAGUUUAUUAGAAACAUGACUUCUUGUUCCUUCUCUGGUAAUAUUUCUGCUGAUCCUAUUGCUUCGAUCCGAGUCUUCUCUCCCAAAACUCCAAGACAGGGAAGAAAAGUGGAAUGUUGCGACGUGGAGUAUGAGGGUGAUGUUGCAACUAUGAGACUUCGAGACUGCAGGAGAGACGAAAUCAUCGCCUAAUGAAAAAAGAGGCUUGCCAAAGAUUCAUAUGUUUACGCAAAUUAACUACUUUUGAUUGUUCUUUUUAGUUUUUGUCCCAUUUCUUGAGAAUCAGUCGAUAGUUCCAUGUAAAAUCAAAAGGCCAUUUUCAUAAAACGCAUAAUACAUAAAAACUAGCCUUAGGAUUCUUCCGGCUAUGAUGAAAAUAUAAAAAAAACCUCAUCAAUAAAUAUGUAUAUUUAGUGUUUG